GCGACGGCCGCGGGGAUACUCGGGACCGGCGAAUACGUGAAAACUGGACGGUCGCCGGAAGGUGUACCGCGAGGUUAAUCGGCCUACAUUUUCGUUUCUUUCGCGGAUCCCCCGAUCGAGGAACGGACGUGGACAAUCGUCCCAAAAUUCAGGACUCGAUUCCUCCUCUGGAUGGCUUUCUCUUUUUCUCAACAGAGCUGCCCCUUUUGAUUGUAUCCUUCCUUUUUUUUCUUUCUCUCAAUCGAACAGGAUAAACUGAUAAAUAAUAUAGUCGGGUAGCUUCUUUUCUCAAUCGAAUCGCUCCGCAUAUUUUUUUAGUUGUACAUAUAUUGAUACAUUAUGCUAUACAUAUAUGAGACGCGUAAACAAUGCGCCGGAUUAGAAAAAGAGAAAGAGAGAAAUUCUGUUCUCUAUUCGAACUGCUUGUCUUUUUUUGUAGAUACUGGGAUUGUAUGUAGACAAUUCAAGAUUUUUACGAUGCGACGCACGUCCAGGUGGUCGAGGUUGUUACGCCGCUUGUUUGUACGGAGAACGCCCGGUCGGGAAAUACGUCUAAUCGCGAGAAGCAAUGGCAGCAUCGAUCGUUUACCGAAGUAUUCAUCGGCAUGGCAUCGUCGACCGUUCUGACUCAUUGGAAACUUUGCUAAUGAAGCUAUUAAAAGAAAUAGCUGAGAAAGAGAGAGAGCGAGAGAGAGAGAGAGAUUCGAGUGUCUCUUUACACCGCGCGCGACUAAAGAAUAUGCUUGUCACGAUUACGUGUAUUGUUCAUGCAAAUGCGAAUCUAAACGGAGAUGUAUUUUUUUUUCAUCGAUAAUUUUUCCAAGUUAACUAACGAGUAUAUUUUCUUCUUUCCCGCGGCGGCAGGCAGGCAGCGCAGACUACGCGCCUCGAAAUUCGCGAUGACGAUGCUCUACGUGCCCCAUGCCAGCCGGCGAGGUUGCCUAGCGACGUUACGAAUCAACAAACGAGCCACCCGAGGUGAUCCGAGAUCAUUGACAGAGCCGCCGUAGCUUAUUCAGCGUUCCGCAGUUUCCAAUUUCUGUUUUGUAACAAUAAUCAAAUUGACUUGAGGAUGGCGCGCGAGAAAGAGAGAAUGAGGAUAGCGGCGAGCUACAGAGUGAACGAACCGAUACGUAAUCUGAGGAUAAGAGUGCGAGUCGUGCAGGAAAGGUCCCCGCUGGCCGAGUUGCUGGCCGAGGAGUCCGAGGGCGGCGAGACCAGAGAUUCCAACUUCUUGGAGGAGGAGGAGCGUAUUUUUAGCUGGCAGGACAAGGUGUUCGCCCCGUUCGAGAUCGAUUUCUAUGCGGACGAGAAGAAUUGCCUGACCGAGUGUCAGCGAGAGUACCACCGGCGUAUACGCGACGAGCAGCUGCAGGGUGCACGCUUGUAUUCGUACACGGAAAAUGACUCCUACUACGCCGAUGACGACCUCCUGACAGCGCCUUACAGAUCGUACUUGUCCGUGAAGAAUCAGACCGCGUUGCCGGUCAUGCGGAAUCGCAAGUCUUUCCAGGAGCGGUAUAACAAGAACGUGGUGGAUGACAGGACCACGGAUAUUAAGAUCCGAUCAAAUCAUUAUCUCUACACGGAACGUACCGCCAUGCACGUGAUGGCCGAUCUGUCGCGCAGAGAUGAGCCCGCGACCGUCGGGUCGACGGAUUCGGAGGCGCAGCUCUGCACGGUGAUAUACGACAAAGCGCGGAAACUGCUGACGAUUAGCCCCGAUUUCACGACGGACGCGCAGCAUUACAACGUCACCAACGGCUACGGCGUCAGAUUCAAUUAUCGGAUCGAGCACGUUUCCGAGGAGCGAACACCGCUGGAAUUGCAAGAGCACCGCGAGGACGCGCGGCGUGAAGUGCAACAGCAGCUUGCUUAUAAAGAAACCGAGUUGUACAAGGAGUUACAAUUGCCGCCACCGAAUUUAUCUACACUAUUCAUAAGCUUGGACAUUGCAUCAGCUCAUGGUUUCUCUUACGAUGGAUUAUUUGUUACCUAUUUUAUCGAGUUGCCGCAACAGUGGAGUACGAAGCAGAAAGAGAGAUUGUUCGGCAGAACUCAGAAAUGCCGUUUAGAGAAUAAAACGGCACAUUUCAGUUACUGUACUGACGUAUCCCUACAUUAUCCGUCAAAUGAAUUUCAGUCAUUAAACGACGGCGCAUCGUCAUUUUGGCCUCGUUUACUAUUCUCCGCGGCGUCUCUGGACAGUUGGACCAGAUAUCGAAUAGAGGGUUACGCAGCACUGCCAAUACCAAUGACGCCUGGUAGAUACAAAUUCACAGUUCCUACAUGGCGCGCGAAAGGAAGUAUCAUCGAUACAUUGAGACGGUUCUUUGUUGGUGGUUCUUACGAGCUCGAGGAUAUAACAUAUUGCAGCAUUCCGAUGAGCCACGAGGGCAAGGUUUUAGACAAAUCGAACUUGAAAGUCGUACCGAGUGGGAAUAUUAAAAUUUACAUGAAUAUAAUAAAUCAAAGUGGAACACACGUGAAAAAUUAUCAGAGAGAUGACUCGGACAAAGUCAGCACUGAUACGCUCAUGAACAAUGUUGAAAAUGUUCUUGAACAAUUUAAAGCAGCUAAAGAACGCAUGAUACGGAUAAGAGAAAUUAAUUCUUAGAGGUAAAUUAUCCUAGUAAUAAUUAUAAAGACUGGUUGAUAAGUUAUUGCUUGUCAAGACUUAAUUUUAAUAAUAAAAUAAUAGAUUUAAAAUAAUAUAUUAUAAUUGUAAAUAUUGUAAUAUAAAUUAAAAUAC